AUGGCUUCCUUUGUGGAAGACCUGUGGUCCAGCGUCUUCACCCCGGGCCCCACCCCCACACUAUUGAUCGCGACCAACGUCACCUUUGCCGCGCUCCAGCUCGUCCUCUUCCUGCUCCUGCUGGCCACCUACAGCAUCCACUUCGUGGUCCUGUCCCUGCUAUGUGGAGGGCUUUGGUACUCGAUUAACUGGUUCGCCGCCGAGGUGCGACUCGCCCAGCAGGCCCAGGACGCAGAACGCAAGAAGCAGCAGCCCGACCCCGACAACCCCCGACCCGACGCGAGCGCGAAGAGCUCGAAGAAGACUUCCGCCGUGGACAGUGCCGACAGUGAAACGGAAACCGAGACCCUUGCCUCCGGGGCGACGAUCCCCCGGUCCUCGGCCAUAGCCACCGGAAGUGCGUCGUCGGCGAGACUGCAGCCCGUCGGACGGGAUGCCCACAAGCGGCCCAGCAUGAGCGGGGAUAGCUCGGGUUACGGCAGUACCGAUAGCGAGUGGGAGAAGGUGGAUACUCAACUGUAG